AUGGUUCAGGGAAUUUGUUACUUCACAAUUUUAUCUACUACAUAUACAGUUGUGGACUGUGGUGAUCCUCCCACUGUUCCCAACGGAUCUCCUGGGACACCAACCAGUACAGCAUUUGGAGGGACAGUGUUUUACAUGUGCAAUAGCAAUAGAUAUCACAUGUCAGGAUCAGCCACUGUAACUUGUGAGGCUAGUGGGAGUUGGAGCACAAGACCAACUUGCUCAGCCAUCUGCAAUGACCAACAAAUUGAAAAUGGUAACAUCAUCUACAAUCAUGAUACCACACCGAGAUCAGAGGGAGCCAUUGCUGUGUACUCGUGUAUGUCUGGUUACCAGCUGUCUGGUGUGAGCACUAGGAUCUGUGUGGACAGUCACAGAGGAAUGGGUGGUGCGUGGACUGGAUCAAUACCAAGUUGUAUAGCAAUCUGUGAUAGCAUCACCCUCGCCCAUGGAGUGAUCAGCUAUAGUCCAUCUACUACUCCCAUACUGGAGGGAGGUGUGGCUAUACACAGCUGUGGUGAAGGGUACGGACUGUCUCCUAGCGUGAGAGCAAAAACAUGUCAGCCUGACAGGACAUGGAGUGGAGAGGACAUCACUUGCCAACGUAUCAUGUGCGCUGCUCUCCCUAAUGUUACAAAUUGGACCAUUGAUUACUCUAGUGGCACUACUGCACCGUAUGACUAUGGAACAACAGCUACUUAUCAAUGCAACUAUGGACAUAUGUUAACAAGUGGAGGAGACAGAGUGAGGACCUGUACUGGUGAUGGUAGCAGUCGUAGUGGUCGGUGGAAUGGAACUGCUCCUCAAUGUCCACCUGUGGACUGUGGGGCUCCUCCGUCUAUUACUAAUGGAUCUCGUGGGAUACCAACAACCACAACAUUCACAGGGACAGUGACCUACAGCUGUGUCACUGGAUACUGGAUCUCUCCAGGAGUCACCACAGCAACGGCUACCUGUAUGGCUAAUAGAACCUGGGGACCUCUACCAACUUGUCAACUUUUGGAUUGUGGCUCUCCUCCCACUGUUCCCAAUGCAUCUCCUGGAACACCCACCAGAACAACCUACCAAGGGACAGUGACCUACACCUGUGACAGUAGAUAUAAAGUCUCCAAUGGAGUCACCAAAGCAACGGCUACCUGUCAGGAUAACGGAAACUGGAGACCUCUACCAACUUGUACAAUUGUGGACUGUGGCCUUCCUCCCACCAUUAUCAAUGGAUCUCCUGGGACACCAACCAGCACAACAUUUGAAGGGACAGUGUCUUACACCUGCAACAAUAGAUACCGUAUGUCAGGAUCAGCCACUGUGACUUGUGAGGCUAGUGGGAGUUGGAGCACAAGACCAACUUGCUCAGACAUUGUGUGUCCUCCUCUACCGACCAUUACCAAUGGCAUAAUCUCCUACUCUCCUGAUGUCACCCCUGACUAUGACCUGGGAACUAAUGCGACCUACACUUGUGAGGCUGGGUUCUAUCUUGAGGGUAAUGAGGUACGAGUGUGUAUGGAUGAUGAUGGAAUGUGGAGUGGUCGGGAGCCAAGCUGUGUCCCUAUUGAAUGUCCUCCUCUACUGACCGUUACUAAUGGAGUUAUCACCUACGCUCCCGGCAACACACCUGCCUAUGGUCUGGGUAUUGUGGCCACUUAUGCCUGUGACGCUGGGUUUGUUCUGGACCUCUCCCUGGGAGGAUCUGAGAUGAGAACUUGUGUUGAUAAUGGACUGGAUGCUAUUGGAAUUUUUGAUAGACUGGCUCCAAUAUGUGCCCCCAUUGAAUGUCCUUCUUUACCGGAUAUUACAAAUGGCAUGGUAUCCUAUGAAUCUGACAAUAUGGAUAGCUUAGCCCUUGGAGCUGUGGCCACCUACAGCUGUACCGCUGGGUUCUUCCUGGAUGUUUCUGAAGGAGAUGAAUUUAGGGCCUGUUUGGACAAUGAUGGAAUGGGCACCAUUGGAGUGUGGAGUGGUCAGGAGCCAAGCUGUGUCUCCGUUCCCCCUCCUGUACGCUCAGUGUUGUUCCAACUCAGACUCACAAACAUCAACAACUGUCCUGACUGGGUGGACCAGGAUGGGAGGAUAGAAGCUGUAAUGAGUGAGUUUGCUACCGAGGUGGAGAGUCACUGUGGGUGUGGUUUCUUAAGCGUGGUCAUAACUGCCCCUCUCUUCCGCUGCUUUCCUGGGUCGGACAAAGCUGUCACAUUCCGAGCCACUCUAACCGAUUCCAGGCUCCUCACUCCCAUACAGGACUGGAUACAAACCAAUGGAUUCAUUCCCAUUCAGAAUGUACUGAUUGAGGUGGACAAGUCUUGUCCAGUGCAGGUAUCCAGCCUUGCAGACACAGAGUGCACCAAUCAGCCUACAGCUGCAGGGGGCAGUGACAUAGCCGCUGUGGUUGGGGGAGUAGUGGGAGGAGUUGUAGGAGUGGUCAUUGUCCUCAUCAUUGUGGUUGGUAUUGUUGUCAUAGUGAUUGCUGUACUGGUGUUCAAAAGCAGGAGAGAGAAGCUGACCGUCAACAAAACAACGAAACCUGAUCUACCACCAGUGUCACUAAAGGGUGUGGUCAACACUGGUGAGAUACAAUUGUACGAGAUGAUGGAAAUGGGUCACGAAUACGAGGAAGUGUCCAAGUUCCAACGAGCCAUCGGUGGAGAAUAUGAGAUCAUUGGAGCACCCUCACAGACAACUGGCUCCGAGAGCAAAACUCUUAUAAAGACCGAGCCAUCACCACCCACUCCACCCACACCACAACCCUCACAAGCGACUAAGCCUGCCAGAAAUGAUACUGAGUUUACAGAGUGCAUUGCUUACAGCAUGACCACCCACAGUCGCCCCCCACAGCCUACAGGCUUAUGAACUAUAACAUGAAACUGCAAACUGAUAGAAAUUGUGUUGACUGUUCUAGCAAUUUAAUGAUACAGCUUGUAUUUGCAUGCAUAGGCCUUUUUUUGGCUAUUAGAUUAUUAUUAUUAGUUCUACAAACUUAUGUUCAAAGAUCUUUGGUCUGCAUUUGCA